CCCAAGAACUCGGAGACCUGGGCAGGGGGAAGCCUCAGUAACAUCACUGCGGGGAUGCAGGGUAGACGUGAGCCAUGAGUAGUUAAAGGGAACAUGAGAGGCUGAGGCCAUGCCGAAACGAGACGUCAUCCUCACCAAUGUCACCGUGGUGCAGCUGCGCCGACAAGGGAGACAGCAAACUGAAGAAACCACCACAGUAGUAUGUCAAACACCCAGGGACAAGGAUCCAUGCAAACAAGAAAAGUGUGCAGGAAGUGCAGGACCCCACUCUUCUCCUCGAGCAAUCCGGGGUAGUAGUGGUGGUAGUAGUUGUGGGCUAACAGUAGGCAUCAAUGGAUUCGGUCGAAUUGGUCGUUUGGUGUUGAGAGUCUGCAUUGAAAAAGGAAUAAAGGUUGUUGCAGUAAAUGAUCCAUUCAUCGAUGUUAACUACAUGGUAUACAUGUUCAAGUAUGACUCCACUCACGGUCAAUUCCUUGGCUGUGUUGAUGCCAAAGAUGGAAAGUUGGUGAUAAACAAACAAGAGAUCACUGUCUACCAGAGCCUAAAAGCUGAAGAUAUACCUUGGAAGACUGCGGGAGCCCUGUACGUGGUAGAAGCCACUGGAAUAAACCUCACAAAAGAAAAAGCCUCAGACCAUAUCAAGGCUGGAGCUCGUCGAGUGGUGAUCACUGCUCCCUCUCCGGAUGCUCACACAAUUGUCAUGGGUGUUAAUGAUUGCAGCUAUAACCCUUGCAACAUGGUUAUAGUCAGCAAUGCCUCCUGCACCACCAAUUGCCUGGCCCCCCUAGCCAAGGUCAUCCAUGAGUCUUUUGGGAUAGUGGAGGGACUUAUGACCACCAUCCAUGCUUACACAGCAACCCAGAAGACUGUGGAUGGACCCUCCGGCAAGAACUGGCGGGAUGGUCGAGGAGCCCACCAGAACAUCAUCCCAGCGGCCACCGGUGCUGCCCAGGCUGUAACGAAAGUCAUCCCCGAACUGGAAGGGAAACUGACAGGGAUGGCCUUCCGAGUCCCAGUUCCUGACGUCUCAGUGGUGGACCUCACAUGCCGAAUAAAAAAUCCAGCCCACUUAACAUGCAUUCUAGAUGCUGUGAAGAAAGCAGCUAAAGGGCCCAUGGCUGGUAUCCUCAGCUACACCGAGGACGAGGUGGUCUCUUCUGACAUCAUCGGAAACCCCCAUUCAUCUAUAUUUGAUUCAAGGGCUAGCAUAUCUCUCAAUGAUAACUUUGUGAAACUUAUCUCUUGGUAUGACAACGAAUAUGGCUACAGUAACCGGGUGGCCGAUCUCUUGCGUCUUAUGUUCUGCAAAGAGGAAAAAUGAGAGGGAGGGGAGCCCCUGCUUCUGAGUCCACCCUGGCUGGGCACUGCGUGUUCCUUCCCCUCACCACCAGAACCUCGAUCUGGUCUGGUCCUCAAGGCGUCGCCCCCUUCUCUCCACCUCCAAUGCCAGCAUCUCCAUUAACCGUCUCUUUUCUGCCAACCCUCACCCACACCCCUCCUCUCCCCGGGCCCAGCUUGGGGGGCAGGAAGGGUCCUCGUGUGUAUGUGUGUGUGUGUUUGUGAAUGUGUUCUCUGUGUGUAUAUACUCUCCAGACCUCCUCCCUUCCCCUCCCUCUAGCCCCGUGCCUCCCCGAUCCUCUCCCCUGGGGGCUACUCCACACAAGAGUCCCAGAACGACAGUGCCAGCAUGUCCAAUAAAUAAAUAUCUAAGUCCCCGCCUGCAA